AUGGUUAAGGCAUCAGACUGUGAGCAAAAAGGUCGCGAGUUUGAUGCUCCGGUGGUGCACCACUUGAGUCCGGUUGAGGAAGUGGAUAAGAACCUGACUGAGACAAAUCGCCUAGAGGAAAGCGUGAACCAGAAACUGGAGAUGAUAAACGAAUUAGAUUACCAGUUGUUCGCUGACUGGUCAAACCGGAAUAUCGCUUUCGCCGCUUUCUUUACUGAAUGCCCAAGCGACAGCGAAGUCCAAUUUCAAUCACAUAGCCGGCAGCCUAGUACUGUUAGUGAAGUCUCUUCUGUUUUGGCGAACAAUACUUGGAACGCCUUGGCUCCGCGCAUGCAGUCCUCCGAGGAGCCGCAUGACAACCCCUGCAGCCGCUCUGAGUCGGAGAAUUCCAUGGGUGACAGAGUUCCCGUUCAUAGCUCCGCCGAUGUGAUUUUGGGUCGCAUGGAGAAGACUUAUAACAGAUUUCUGAAGCAUGUGCUCUCGUUGAAACAGUUUUUAUCGCCGGGAGAAUCCACAGGCCUGAGUCGCAGCGCAUCUGACGCUACUGACCGUAAAUCACCAGCCUACGUUACUCAAAAGAGCGCAGUUGAACGAUCUAACCUACCGAAAGAGGAAAUCACUCAUUUCAGUCUGCGAAAGAAGGACCAAAAAGUGAAGCCCGAUGCUCUACCAUUAAGUUCUGUCGUUUUCUAUCAACCAAUGAUGGCCAAGAAGCUAAAUAGGGCCAUCCCAAUCCCAAUCCCCUCGCCCUCGUUUCUUAUUUGCUCUGCGGUAUCGCUGAUCACUUUUUCUGCUUGCGCGUGCUCUGGUUUUGGCCUCAAGAAACAAGCCUGGUUGUAUGCCAGCUCGGUGAACGACGCUCCUGUAUUAGUCAACUUCUCUGUUUUCACAAUCUGGGGCUCAGCCUGGCUUGUAAGCAACAGGAUAUGA